AUGGUUACACGAAGAGCUGGCCCUGGUGUUGAGAAUCUACCCAGCCAGAAGUUGGCCACAGUGUCAACCAGUCUUAACUGUUUGGGAGGAUAUCUUUUGAGGGAUGGAGAGGCUUUUUGUUGUGAGCAUUCUUUUCACAGCCUGUUGCGCUGUUCCUCAAGGUUCUUGACCGAUAUUACUCGAUCCUACUCUCUUUUUUCAACGGCAUCCUCUAUCCAAAACAAUGACUUCUUAAUCCUCAAAACAGCAAGAAAAGGUAGUUUUCAUGUGCUCACACGUGGCCAAAAAUCUCAAUUUUAUGGCCUACCAGAUGAGCGAAGCACCUGGUACUCCAUCUGCAGCACCUGGGAUUCCAACUCUGGAUUGGCUCAGGUCUGGAUCAACGGGAAUCCAAGUACCAGGAAGAUCGGAUUCAAGGGGAAUCUGGAUGGAGAGCUAAACAUAGUGCUGGGACAAAAACAUGGCUCAUGCAAGUCAUUUGAAGGGAUGAUCACUGAUGUCCACAUGUGGGACUAUGUCCUUUCUGAUGGUCAGAUCCAGCGGUUUGCUAACGACCUGAACUUCACCCCAGGUAAUGUCAUCAACUGGAGAGCCCUUGAUUUCACCAUCGUUGGAGAUGUUCUAAUUGAGGAUAAUCAGACCAAUAGCUGUCAGUGAUGAUUUGUUGUCAGAAUAAAAAAU